AAAUAAAACAAGAAUAAGUGGGAGCAAAAAAUUAGAAAUAAUAAUUAGUAUAUAAAUAUUUAGAGUGGGUGCAAGAGGGAGUAGUACCAAAUUAAUCGCAGUGGCCUAAAGUUUAAUGCAAAAAUGUUAAGGUGUUUUCAAAAGUUUGUUUCGCCAAUUUUAGAAAAAGAGGCCACUUUGAAACUUAAAUUUUCAUCACUCGCAUCAAUCCCGUCAACAUCUUCCAAAUAUGACACACUGCAAGAGCAGGCAUUAAAGGAAAAUUGUAUUUUAGUAAACGAAAAUGAUGAACCUGUAGGUAAAACUUCAAAGAAAGAUUGCCAUAGGGUAAACGCUAAUGGAGAGAUUAAAUUGCACAGGGCUUUCAGUGUUUUCUUAUUUAAUACAGAUGGUGAAAUGUUAAUGCAGCGAAGAUCGACACAUAAAAUUACUUUUCCUGAUGCUUAUACUAAUGCGUGUUGUAGUCACCCAUUAUUCGAUAUAAAAAACGAACGUGAUGAAUUAAAUGCUAUAGGAAUACGAAGGGCAGCCCAAAGGAGACUUAAUUACGAAUUAGGUAUUCCACUAGCACAGGUUCGACCGGAAAAUUUCCAUUACCUGACUAGAAUACAUUACCAUAACACAGGAGAUGGUAUUUGGGGAGAACAUGAAAUAGAUUACAUAUUGUUUUUGCAAAAGAAUGUGGACAUAAACCCUAACUCGAAUGAAGUUAGUGAAGUGUUUUUUAUGAAACGUUUAGAUUUAGAUGCACAAAUUUUGAAAUUAAAAGCGCCUUUGACACCAUGGUUCAAACUGGUUUUAAAAUAUCGUUUAAAAACAUGGUGGGAUAAUUUACAUCAACUAAAAAAAUUUGAAGACAUUGAAAAUAUUCACAGGUUUAAUUAAAAUUAAAAAUAAAAUGGUAUAAUAUUUAUUUGUAUUGAA